GGUUCUCGUCAACGCGAGCACUUAUACCUCUAACCAGGCCAUGCGACAUCGUCCUGUCACCCUGCCCACAGCGUCUGCCAUACAAUAGCAGCGCUCUCUCCAAGUCAUCCGAUCUCGACACGGUAGAUUAGGGAACGAUGAAGUUUGGCAAAGAAAUUCAAGCACAGCAAAUCCCGGGAUGGUCUAGGUACUACUUAGACUACAAGUUCCUGAAGAAGAUUAUCAACUCACUCGCUGCGAAUCGACCUGCGUCAGAAGCCGCGGCUCUCGCAGCGGGUAUUCGUCCAUCAGAGCUGCCCCUGUCACCCGACACGCCAUCUACGAGAGAAGAGCAGCCGCUCAUUAACCCAUAUGCUGGCACCCCCGAUGGAGAUGCGGGGAUUAUGGAACCACCUCUUUGGGGCGGAGGUGCAGAUGAGAACAGAGGACCCAUCUUUAAAGCGCAUAGAAAAGCAUUCUUCUUCAAGUUAGAGAGGGAGUUAGAGAAGAUUAAUGAGUUUUACCUACAGAAAGAAAACGAGCUCAGAUUGAGGUUGGGAACAUUGUUGAGCAAGCAGCAAGCAGCGAUGGAGAGAUCCAAACGGAACGCGGCCAAUUCAGAUGGAGAGUCCCUCACCGACAGUGUUGAGUGGAGGUCGAUUGAGGAAGGAUUCAGGGUGCUACAGAAGGAUUUGCUGAAGCUGCAGCAAUUCAUUGAAAUUAAUGCGACCGGCUUCCGCAAGAUUUUGAAGAAGUGGGACAAGCGCUCGAAGUCGCAUACCAAGGAACUCUAUCUCUCCCGUCAGGUUGAGGUUCAACCCUGCUUCAAUCGGCAUUUGCUUGCCGAGUUGUCGAACAUUGUGUCCGCAGCUCUCGUUGACCUUCAACAUGCGCCAGAGCACGCACUACUCGUCAACGGCGACAUUGUUGCCGACGAAGACGAGCAUCGGACGGCCCUCGAGCGACAGGCAGAAGCAGCCUAUGCCGAUUUUGAGAGCAAUCUGUCGGAUCUGGUUGUACGGAAUGACGAGGCCGGUGUUCGUGCUCUUCUACCGGAAAUGGAUCUCCUCUUGGGCCAGGCCGCCGAUGCAAAGACCAACAUCACACGUAUCCUAUCCCGAGCGAUCAUCGAGGCUCCACCGCAUAUUGCCGACCUGCUCAUCUCAAGCACACCGUUCGACUUCUCCUUUGUCGAUGACAUCAGUGGUCGUACCUGCCUUCACGAGACCGCGAUCGCGGGAGAGCGCCGUUUGGUACAAAUUUCUAUCGACAGGGGUGUUGCUGUGAAUUUCCAGGAUGUCUAUGGUCGCACUGCUCUCCACUACGCAAGCAUGAACGGACAUGUCAAGGUCUGCGAGCAGCUUCUGGCUGCUAAUGUGGAUGUGUCCAUCAAGGACUCGGACAAUUGCACUGCACUCGUAUAUGCGGUGAUGAAGGGCAAGCUUGACUGUGUAAAGGCUCUUCUUUGCCAACCAGGUGUGGAUCUCGCAGCAGCCACUACCAGUCCGGACGAGUUCAACUUGCUUUCCUUGGCAUGCCAGUAUGGCCAGGAUAGCGUGGCUCGCUUAUUAGUGGACAAAGGCGCGCGACCUCUGCCAAACUCGAAUGGCGAAUAUCCUAUCCAUCUGGCAGCUCGAGAAGGCCAUGCGGAGUUGUGCCGUAUAUUCGCCCAGAACCAGUUGAUCAAGGACGUCCCUGAUAGGUAUUCGGAGUGGACACCUCUGUUCCAUGCUGCUCGCAACGGUCAUGAAGCAUGCGUCCGCGUGCUCCUGGAGUCCGGCUGCAAUGCGAAUGCAAGGGAUGAAUCAGGGAAGAUGCCGAUAUACUACGCCGGUUGGUAUGGUCACACAGGUUGCGUCAACUUGCUCCUCCAAGCUGGCAGCCCGCCCCUGGCUGCCGCUUUACCGGCCAGCUCUACAAUCAACUCGAUCAGCCCAGCUUCCCAGGUCAGCGACACGAUGCAGGUGGAUUCCAUGGACGAGAUCGACAAUAUACCCUCCCUUUUCUUGCCACCUCCGGCAAUGCCUUUACGUAUUUAUGGCCACACCUACCUGAACCGCUCUUCGCUCGUCCAGAUCGCCCUCGGUCGGCCUUUUGCGAAGCUCAAGGAUUCGCCGCCUGUUCAGGCCGUGCAGCUCCAAACCCGCGUCACCGGAGCUCCUUAUGUGCACAGCGGGCCUUCUCUCAAACUUAUCAUGGCUACCAGGCCUAACAUCGCCGCCGCUCCUCAUACUGUCAUCCUUCCCCUACAGGACGAGAUGGAAGUUUACAACUUCCAGUUAGACAGCCUCGACGAUCUUUCUCUUGAGUUUUCCUUAUACCCCGCUUUUGGCUCGAAACUCAUGGGACGAGCCGUAACAAUACCAUCUCAAGUCGAUGGACAGCGUAUCACCGACCAGAUUGUCGUCUUGCCCAUCUUAGAUCAUCGGUUGCAACCCAUCGGCAAGGUGUCAUUCCAAUUGCGGAUCAUAACGCCUUUCCGAGGUGUGAGUCUGGAGAUUGGUGGCGCCGUCGAGACUUACUGGAAAUCAACCACCGUACCCCAAACCGCCGCUCCGUCCGUGAACAGUCAGAUCCGGCUUCCCAGCGUUCCUUCCUCCAUGCGCAGUCCAACAGCUGCCAGCACCUCAGUCAACAAUCUCACAGUCUCUUCUUUAGCCGGCGAAUACGUUCAUGUCGUCGUCCAGGCAACGAAAGACAUGGUGCCGGUAGUCUGCACGGACUGGCGCCUGCCUUUCGAUGAACUGGAGCUGAUGGCGUGCGAGGUUAAUCACUUGCAAUUCCAGCACCUCGCUAAGCGGAAGGGCAAGCAAUUGCCGACGUCACGAGCCGGCCUGACAUCUGUUGCGGCAUGGAGUCGUGUGGUGCGAAAUUCCUUAAUCAGCCUUGACGAUCUUCUCAGAGUGUUACCGACAACCUAUAACGUCAGCCUGGAGUUAGCAUACCCGACAGCUGCGACUGUGGACGGUCUAGGGUUCGGUCGCUCUCCUAGCUUGAACGCUUUUAUCGAUGCUGUCCUGCAAACUGUAUACCAUGCUUCGCAGGCCACGCCCACCACCACGGGCACCUCCAAUCCCAGGCGCAAGGUAGUAUUUUCCUCCUUUGAACCGGACGUGUGCGUUGCCUUGAAUUGGAAGCAGCCUAAUUAUGCUGUAUUAUUCGCAACUAAUUGUGGAGUCGCGAGCGCCUCUGUACAUUCCUCGAUAGCACAAUUCGUACCUGACGAGUCACAAACUGACAAACGGUGCUUAAGCGUGAGCGCUGCAGUCAACUUCGCGAAGGCGAAUAAUCUACUAGGCGUUAUUCUCAACGCCUCAUUAUUGAGACGUGUUCCGUCCCUGAUUCGUGGCAUCAAGGCGUUGGGCGUAAUUCUGACUGCGUUCGGGGAACCAGAAGACAUUCAACCGCUCCCGACGUCUGGUGCGGAAGGCUCUGCUGUAGAUGCAGUUUUACAGAAUGGCGUUCUCAUGUACAUGGACAACCCGGUGCCUGUCGUUGUAUAAGAUAGUACUGUAGUUUCUUGGUUAGCUUCGAUCCUGGUUGUAU